ACAAAAUGGCGGCCGUCACAAACUCUUUACGAAGGCUGUAUCUAAACGGCAUUAGAAAGAACAGCAGAUACGUAUUGAGGGCACUGGGCGCAAAUGUCACUUCACAACAUCAACAAAGACGAAAUCUCUCCAUUCACGAGUACCAUAGCAUGAAGAUUCUCCAAGAUGCUGGUAUCCUCACACCAAAAGGAGGUGUCGCAAGGACUGCAGAUCAAGCCUAUGAGAUUGCUUCCUUGCUAGAUGAGGCAGAGAAUAGUGGAGACAUGGUGGUAAAGGCCCAAGUAUUGGCUGGAGGACGUGGUAAAGGAGAAUUUGAAGGUGGCUUUAAGGGGGGCGUCAGGAUUGUGUUCUCACCUGAAGAGGCCAAGGAAGUUGCAUCAAGAAUGAUUGGGAAAAAACUAAUCACUAAGCAAACAGGAGAACAAGGACGAAUUUGCAAUGAAGUGUUUGUAUGUGAGAGGCUGUAUGCAAGAAGAGAAUACUAUUUUGCUUUGGCACUGGAAAGAAAGUUCAUGGGUGUGGUUCUAGUUGGAAGCCAACAAGGUGGUGUCGACAUUGAGUCUGUUGCCAAGGAAACACCUGAUGCAAUCGUCAAACACCCUGUCGAUAUUAUGACUGGGCUGUCACUUGAUGAUGCUAAGGAAUUUGCUAGGAAAAUGGGUUUCUCCUCUAAAUGUGUUGAUCAAGCGGCACAAUGGAUGUUAUGCCUGUAUCAGAUCUUUCUAGAGAGGGAUGCCGUGCUACUGGAGAUCAACCCAAUGUCAGAAGACUUGCUUGGCAGAGUGAUAUGCAUGGACUGCAAGCUAUUGUUUGAUGAUAAUGCUGAUUACAGGCAGCCAGAGAUAUUUGACCUGCGUGACUGGUCUCAAGAGGACCAACGAGAAGUACUUGCCGCCAAACACAACUUGAACUAUAUUGGUCUUGACGGCAGUAUUGGGUGCUUGGUCAAUGGUGCUGGUCUUGCCAUGGCAACCAUGGAUAUUAUCAAGCUGCAUGGUGGAGACCCUGCCAAUUUCCUGGACGUUGGUGGUGGUGCCACUAUUGAACAAGUACAAGCUGCUUUCAGGAUUAUAACUGAGGACAAAAAGGUUCAUGCUAUUCUUGUCAACAUAUUUGGAGGAAUCAUGAGGUGUGACAUCAUCGCUGAGGGAAUCAUUGCUGCCGCCAAGGAGUUACAACUAUCAAUACCUGUUGUUGUACGCUUACAAGGAACACGGGUAGAAGAUGCUAAAGCUCUGAUUGCAGCCAGUGGUCUUCGUAUUAUUGCUUGUGAUGACCUUGAAGACGCCGCUGAGAUGGUCGUUCGAGUUUCCAACAUCAUUGAAUUGGCGCGAUCAGUGGAUCUCAACGUCAAAUUUGAACUCCCUAUUUAAACAAUAUUAG